GGCUCGGCGGUCCCGGCCCCCGGCGGAGGCGGAGCGGCGCGAAGAUGGCGGCGGAGCCGGGUCCGGGCCCCGACCCGGAGCUGGAGGAGCUGCUUGACAGUGCCCUGGAUGACUUCGAGAAGGCCAGGCCCGCCGCCCCCCCCCCGCCGCCACCGCCGCCCGCCCCCGGGGCCCAGCCCUCACCCAGCGCCGCCGCCAAGGCCUCCCUCUUCGCCUCGCAGGAGAGGUUCUUCCAGGAGCUGUUUGAGGGGGAGCUGGCCUCGCAGGCAGCGGCUGAGUUCGAGCAGGCCAUGCAGGAGCUGGCCCGGGAGGAGCCGCACUUGGUGGAGCAGUUCCAGAAGCUGUCAGAAGCGGCAGGAAGAGUGGGCAGCGACACAGCAUCACAGCAGGAGUUCACCUCCUGCCUGAAGGAGACGCUGAGCGGCCUGGCCAAGAACGCCACUGACCUGCAGAGCUCCUCGGCCUCGGAGGAGGAGCUGGCGAAGGCAUUGGAGGGGCUGGGGCUGGAGGAGGGCGAUGGUGAGGGCAGCGUCCUGCCCGUCAUGCGGAGCAUCAUGCAGAGCCUGCUCUCCAAGGACGUGCUCUACCCUUCACUGAAGGAGAUCACUGAGAAGUACCCUGAGUGGCUGCAGCGGCACGGUGAGGCGCUGCCAGCCGAGCAGUACGAGCGGUACCGGGCACAGCAAGGCGUGAUGGGCCGCAUCUGCCAGCAGCUGGAGGAUGAGCGGCCAGGCGAGGGCGAGGAGGAGCGGCGAGCGCGCUUUGAGACCCUCCUCGACCUCAUGCAGCAGCUUCAGGACCUGGGGCAUCCACCCAAGGAAUUGGCCGGGGAGUCGCCCCCCGGCCUCAACCUGGACCUGCCGGGGGCGACGGGUGGUGAGCAAUGCCGCCUCAUGUAGCGCCGGCAGCGGGAGGGGGGUGCCUGCAGCACCCCACCCCCCCCCACCCC